GCCAAGGUUAACCUACUUCAGUUUGGGUGAAUACUGACUGCUACCACACAGAGGUCCCAACAAGGCACUAAGAGAGACCUUGAACACUGCUGAUGGAUAUAAAAAUGGACAACUUUACUACCCCCUCUGCAGCUCCUCUGGGAAGCGACUGUGACCUCUACGCCCACCACCGCACAGCCAGGAUCCUCAUGCCUCUGCAUUACAGCAUCGUCUUCAUAAUUGGGCUCGUGGGAAACUUGUUGGCCUUGACUGUCAUUAUUCAAAACAGGAAAAAAAUCAACUCCACCACUCUAUAUUCAACCAAUUUGGUGAUUUCAGACAUACUUUUUACCACUGCUCUGCCUACACGGAUGGCCUACUAUGCACUGGGCUUUGACUGGAGAAUUGGCGAGGCCUUGUGUAGGAUAACUGCUCUCGUGUUUUACAUCAACACGUACGCAGGCGUGAACUUCAUGACCUGCCUGAGCAUUGACCGGUUCUUUGCUGUGGUGCACCCCCUGCGGUACAACAAGAUGAAAAGAAUUGAACAUGCAAAAUGCAUUUGCAUAUUUGUAUGGAUUCUCGUAUUUGCUCAAACACUCCCACUGCUCAUAAAACCUAUGUCAAAGCAGGAGGCUGAAAGGACUACGUGCAUGGAAUAUCCAAACUUUGAAGAAACCAAAUUUCUUCCCUGGAUUCUGCUUGGUGCAUGUUUCAUAGGAUAUGUACUUCCGCUCGUAAUCAUUCUUAUCUGCUAUUCUCAAAUCUGUUGCAAGCUCUUUAAAACUGCCAAACAAAACCCAUUAACUGAGAAAUCUGGUGUAAACAAAAAGGCUCUCAACACAAUUAUUUUUAUAAUUGUUGUGUUUGUUGUCUGUUUCACACCUUAUCAUGUUGCAAUUAUUCAACACAUGAUUAAGAAGCUUCGUUUUCCUGAUCUCCUGGAAUGUAGCCAAAGAUAUUCAUUCCAGAUAUCUCUGCACUUUACAGUAUGCCUGAUGAACUUCAAUUGCUGCAUGGACCCUUUUAUAUAUUUCUUUGCAUGUAAAGGGUACAAGAGAAAGGUCAUGAAGAUGCUGAAACGUCAAGUCAGUGUAUCAAUUUCCAGUGCCGUGAAGUCAGCCCCUGAAGAAAACUCACGUGAAAUGACGGAAACUCAAACGAUGAUACAUUCCAAGUCUUUAAAUGGAAAGUAA